CGCACAAAACUUUUCUCUUCGCUCGCGCGUGCUACCCCUCAAACAGUGCUAGGUUGCAUCUCGGCCUCAGUAGCUUCUUAUACAUUGUGUCGCCCCCGCGACAGCUUCUGCCGCUUCUGCUUCUUCCAUCCCUCCCUCCCUCUUGCCGUCUUCUCUAGCAAAGCAAUUGAGACAGUGACCCACGCCCGUCUUAUCUUAUCUCUCCUUCAGAUAGCUUUCCCUACUUUGUAUCAGGCUAACGUCUCACCAUGCCUAUCCCAGUGCCAAAGGGUGAAUCGCUCAAAGAGCUCCUCUCCCUCAAGGGGAAGGUCGUCGUCGUUACCGGAGCGUCCGGUCCGACGGGCAUUGGCACCGAAGCUGCGCGCGGCUGCGCAGAGAUGGGCGCCGACGUUGCCAUCACCUACAGCUCUCGGCCCGCGGGUGGCGAGAAGAACGCCAAGGAGCUGGAGGAAAAGUACGGCGUCAAGGCCAAGGCGUACAAGCUCAAUGUGGGCAACUACGACGAGGUCGAAGCCACGGUACAGGCGAUCAUCAAGGACUUUGGCAAGAUCGACGUGUUCAUCGCCAACGCGGGUCGGACCAGCGACACGGACAUCCUCAAUGGCUCGGUCGAGGCGUGGAGGGAAGUCAUCGAGACGGAUCUGAACGGCGUGUUCAACUGCGCGAGGGCGGUCGGUCUGCACUUCAGGGAGAGGCAGACAGGCAGCCUAAUCAUCACCGCGUCCAUGUCCGGCCACAUUGCCAACUUCCCGCAGGAACAGACUUCGUACAACGUGGCGAAGGCCGGCUGCAUCCAUAUGGCGCGUUCGCUCGCCAAUGAGUGGCGUGACUUCGCACGCGUCAACUCCAUCUCGCCCGGCUACAUCGACACUGGCCUGUCCGACUUUGUGCCCAAGGAGACACAGGAACUCUGGCGCUCGAUGAUUCCGAUGGGCCGCGACGGCAAGGCCACGGAGCUGAAGGGCGCCUACGUCCUUCUGGCCUCCGACGCCGGCUCGUACAUCACCGGUGCUGACAUCCUCAUUGACGGUGGCUACUGCACCCGAUAAGCGUGCUGCACGCGUUGGAGCAUGUGGUGGAACGGAAAAAGGUCUGGAGUUCGAGCCGAGCUCCCGUUGUACUCGAAAAGAUGGAGUGGAUCCAGUCUGCCUUUAUUUGGCUCGUAGCGUCAUGCAGAAGUCCAAGGACAUGAAUUCAAUAUGAGUAACACGUUGUGCGUCCGUUGAAAUA